UCGGAUCGGACCAUGUACUCUGCGGGUCUGGAGAUCCUGGGCAUGAUCCUGGCCGUGGCCGGAUGGUUGGGGGUGAUGGUGGCCUGCGGCAUGCCCAUGUGGAGGGUGACGGCGUACAUCGGGCAGAACAUCGUCAUCUCGCAGGUGAUCUGGGAGGGUUUGUGGAUGAACUGUUCGGUGCAGAGCACGGGGCAGAUGCACUGCAAGGUGCACGAGUCCAUGCUGGGGCUGCCGGUGGACCUGCAGGCGGCCCGCGCCCUGGUCAUCGUCUCCAUGGUGCUGAGCAUCGUGGGCAUCUGCCUGUCCGUGGCCGGUGCCAAGUGCACCAACUGCAGCCGGGACGUGAGCAGCAAGCCCCGCAUGGUGGUGGCCGCCGGGGGGACCUUCGUCGUGGCCGGACUGCUGCUGCUGGUGGCCGUGUCCUGGACGGCCCACGCCAUCGUGCUGGGCUUCUACGACCCGCUGCUGGAGGAGACGGCCAAGAGGGAGUUUGGGAACGCGCUGUACUUUGGUUGGGCUGCCUCCUGCCUGCUCAUUCUGGGGGGGGCCCUGCUUUGUUGCUCCUGCCCACAAAGAUCCCCGCCGAGCGGAGGCGGCUCCGCGCCUCCCCGAGUGGACUACUCAGCCGUCAAACCCACGUCAGUCAGCCGGUACACGAAAAGAGACUACGUCUGAAGGGGCCCCGACCUCUGAGGACA